UCCAUCCUCUCUGUUCUCCUCCUCUCUCAGCAGCCCCAUCCUCUUUUAUUACCAUUUCCCUUUCGCUACUUAACCAACGAUUUAUACCAUUUCGAUUUUGGAAUCAAACACCAUCUCUUUCUCUCUCGUUUCCAUUUCGCAAAGUAUAAGUUUUGUUUUUUCAGCAAUCACUCGAGUUAUAUUGUCUUUUAGCCAAUAAUUCUGAUAAACGUCAAUAAGGUAGUUUCGUUAAGCUCUAGAAAUGGGAUGCUUUGCAUCUAGGCCGAAGGACACUGGUGGAAACAGAAGAAAGCCAACGAGCAUCGGGGACGUUUCAGUAUAUGUACCUGGUUUAAGGAUACCCAAGCCUGUGGAAUUUUCUCAAUCACUAGGUGAUCAAUUGCCGAAGACUCUAGUGGAACGCUUGACAGCUUUAAGAACGCGAAUAGUUGUGAUGGCAAAUCAAGAAGGACCAACAAUCACACGAACUAGGAGGAAGACACAACAUGGAGGUUCAACGCUCGCAGAUCUCCAUCAAGCUUUGGAAGAUUAUCUACCUGUUCUCUUAGGAUUAACUAAAGAUGGUAGCCAUCUACAAUUCAAAGUACAGUUUAAUUGGGUUAAUCAGGAGGAUGAGGAAGAGGAAACCGCUAUGUCAAACGUUUGGUAUGAAAUAUUGUCGGUUUUGCAUCUAAUGGCAAUGCUACAAAUGUCACAAGCCAAUUUACUGCUUCUUCCCAGAGGUUCCAGUGAUGGUUAUCAUCCAAAAGUAUCAGAAGAAAACAGGCGAGCUUCAAUUGAUAUCUUCUUAAAGGCAGCUGGAUACCUUGACUGUGCUGUUAAGCAUGUUUUCCCUCAGUUUUCAGCUGAGCUAAGGAGAAGUUUACCAGUUGACCUGGCAGAAGGAGUUUUACGGGCUCUUUGCUUGCAAGCACUAGGCCAGGGUGUUGAUAUCCAACUCGGGAUGGCAAUCGAUAGUGCAAAAGCCACUCUUGCAGUGAAACGAAGACUUUCAUGUGAAAUGGUGAAAUAUUGGCAGCAGGCACAAGAUAACUUGAUGAAUCUUCAAUUAGCAAAUGGAUGGGGCGAAAAGCAUAGGCUCUUUGUUAAGUGGAAAUAUGUUGAAGCUAAGGCUGCAGCUUACUACUACCACGGUUUGAUUCUUGAUGAAGGAAACACAGAGAAAUCACAUGGCAUGGCCGUUGCUGCUUUACAGGCUGCAGAUGAGUGUUUCAAAGAAAGUAAGAAAGCAAGUGAGGCGUUUAACACCUCUUCACCCACGUCAAGGACUCCUCCACUUUUUGGGACAAUGAAAUAUCUCUCAGAGAAAAUACCGAAAGAAACUUCAAGUAAAGUCAGGAUAAACCGUGAUCUAUACUCUUAUGAAAAGAUCAUGGAGACAGCGCCAACGCUUCCUGAUUUUGCCUUGGCACUGAAACCCGAUGAGUACCAACUACCUUCUGUCGAUGCGUCAUGGUCUGAAGACAAUCUACAGACUAAAAACACAUCAAAUCACAUAAAAGGCAAUCAAAGGUAGAUCAGUGAAUAGAAUGCAUAUCACCUUAUAGAGUCACAAAGCCAAUGGCCGCCAUAGAAACACAAAUGGUAUAGCUCUAUAACUACACUAGUGAUUCUCCAAAUGUCAAUAAUAUAUAAGCUCUCUGGCUGUGAAAGAACUACCAAAUCGGAUUUGGCUUAGUUUCCAGAUAAAAAUAUGGGAAGUUGUUGUCUGUAUUCUCUGUAUUUUGUUGUAAUUUUGUUUGUUUAGUGCAAUAAAAUUCGAUUCUUUCUGCUUCA